GUGCCUCGGCAGCACCUCUUCUGCGCUCCCAUUAUUAUACCUUCUGUACCAACGAAGAGUCUCUUCGUUUUUUUUUUUUAAGGAGUCUAGCUUCUUCUCCCUUGGCCACAUACCAGCUCAGCACUUGCUUCCGUUUUAAAAGGCAUUCUCCUUCUUCUGCUGUCCCUCGUUACCACUUCCACAUCCACACAACCACACACAAGGAGGGAUGUCAGCAGCAGUGGAAGCGAAAUACCCCGAGGAGGACAGCUACGGCGAGGACGACUUCGAGGACGACUUCGAAAGCGAGGACACUUCCCAUAAGAACCUCCCGCACGAUGCAGUCCACGCAUCCACACGACGGAAGGACGCAGAGGAGCUCUCUCCCUCUUCCUCUCAGCGCAGCACUACGUCUUCCAGCAAGCGAAGCUCACGGGCAGAAACUCCGCUGCGUGCAGAGCAAGUCGCGCUCCAUGCCUCCUCUGCUGCCUCCCAUACCUCUUCUUCGUCCUUCUCCUCGUCCACCUCAUCCUCCGACUCGAAGGACUCCAGCUCGAGGAGUCAGAGCCACCUCCACGCCUCGUCACACCACUCACACGCCAACGACACAGCCGACCCGUACGCGGAGUUGGAGGAAGGGGCCGCGGCCGGUGUUGCUGGUGCGGAGUCGAAGGAGAAUGACAGCGCCGCUGCCGCCGUCAACGCGGACGAGGUGCACAGCGAUGGGGAGCGCCGGGCAGACGGCAGCCCAGUAGAGCCCCGCGCCAAGGACGGUAAGAAGAGUGCGGCGGAGGGACGCAAACAGAAGACGGCCCGCGCCGCCCACGGACGCCGCGGUGGCAACCGUGACGGCCACUCCGCCCGCCGUGCCCCGUCGAACAACACCGCAGUGAAGCAGCGUCACAUCGAGCGUCCACAGGUCCCGCAAAACAUAGAGGAAUUGGAGGCGAUGCAGGCGGAGAAUGCGAAGCUUCGCGAUGAACUGUUCGAGAAGAACCGCGACUACUACCACACCACCUUAGCACAGAGCAUGAAGGGAGGGCACGGAAUGUCGACAAUGACGGGUGGCGGCACCGCGACCACGAUGACCAUGACGAACAACGGCGGUGGCGCUGGGUCGUCGAUCACCCACCGCGAUGUCGCCGCACGGCUCGUGCAGGAGUCUCUCAUGGCCCACCGCACCUUGCAGAUGCUACGUCUCGAGCAGCGCGAUCUCACGCAACGCCGCGACGAGCUGAAGCAGCUGAUCAGCAAGUACAAACGCGCGUCAAAGUAUCGCCAGUUGGUUGCAGGGAUGAAGGAAGAUAUCGUUUACUACCGGGAGGAGUACCGUGAUGUGCAGCUGGAGGUGCGGUGCAACGAGAAGCUGCUGCUGCUGUCGGAGCACAUGGCAGAGAGCGGGAUCGGCGACCGCCGGGUGCAGGAGGAGAUGCGCGCGCAGAACGCACUGACGCAGCGGCGCCGCGAGCACGCCCUACGCGAUGCCGACGCUGCCCAGCGCAAACGCGACGCCGCGGCACAGCGGGUGGAGGAGCUCAAGGUAGAGCUGCAGCGACGUCGCGAAGCGGCGAGGGAUGGCGGAAUCGGGCAGUCCCCCAGCCUGCUCUUGGCGAACCGAGAAAAGAAGGACCGGAUUCGUGAGCUGCGUGCGGAGCUGCAUGAGCUGGAGUCGGCCGGACAGGGCGUGGCGGCGUCAGGCCGGCCGCGCUAUCGCACCCAGCAGAGCAUGCGCGACGAUGCGGAGCGGGAGUACCUGCAGAAGCGCAUUGCGGAGAUGCAGCGCAGUCUGAAUACCACAGCAGCGGCAAACACCAACAUCAACGGGAAGGCCCCUCAAGCAGACGGGGCUGCUGCCACGCCGCCGGCGACUGAGGUGAAUUCUACCGCACCGUCCACACCCCCGGUCGUCGCAGGGGCGAAGACGGAUGCAGACGAGAUCGACGUGUCCGCAUGGCCGAAUGCCCACCCGGUCGAGGCGACCUCCGCUCCCGCCCAGACAGUGCCUGUCUUACCUGCUUUCUCGUAUGAGUCCGGUCUUGGUCCACACGAGCAGCAGAGCAGCGGCAACAAGGAUGGACUCGGUAUGUACCCCACGGACGGCGGCGCAGGGCAGAACGUGCACAUCCCUCCCGUACCGCAGCCGCCGUACACCCAGGAGCCGACGCAGGAUGGCGCGCGACUGCCGGUGCCGCCUGCCGUGUCCGAUGAGACGCCGGCGUGGCUUGGCGGUGGUGUGGCGGAGGACGAUGCACCGACAGGCGCCGGGGCUGCCAACCCGCCGCAACGGAACUCGUUGCUCCACGUGGAGGAGCACGACAUCGGCGACACCUUCGAUGAGGAGGACGUCGUCGAUGACGAGGAGGAGUUGGACGAGCCGGCGCCGGCGCCGGCUGCAGCCGCUCCGGCCGCAACGACAGCGGCGGCAAAGGAGGAUGAUGGACCAGAUUGGCUGAACUUUUAA